AUGCCGUCCAAGAAAUAUGGUGCCCUUAUCAGCACGCUUCCUCAUCGUCACGCGAACCUCCUAGUUCAGUUCCGCACUAACCAUGUCCCCCUGCAGGCCUACCUCGCUCGCAUCGGAAAGGCGCCAAGUGCGACGUGCCCAACCUGCGGAGACGCCCCCAAAACAGUCCAACAUUAUCUCCUCGCCUGCCCGACCUAUUCCUUGCACCGUGCGGUCCACUUCGCCCCCCUCGGCUUCUCCGGGCGCACCCUCGCCGCUCUGCUCAACUCCAAGGCUGCCCUCCGCCCUCUCUUCAACUUCGUCAACGCCACUGGCCGCCUUCGUAUGGCAGUCGGUGCACUGGUGGGCCCAAGAUCCGGAUACCCCGAAAGUGACGAGGGCGACGGCGGCGACUAG